AUGGCAGACCCGCACGGGAUAGGGUCCUCGGCAAAGCCAACCUGGUCGGAAGAAGGGAUGUAUCUGCAACGACCCGGGCCAAAUCACCCGCAGCAGCUCUUCCCGACGACGCAAGACUCCGCGUCAGACAAGGGGCACGCGGAUGCCCUGGCAGAUGGCCACGAAAACACCCCCCACGGCCAUGGUUAUGGUGAAUACCAAAGCUACAGCCAUGGGUACGACCCAGCCUCGUCUCGAUUCCGCACCAGGACCUCACCUUCUGCGCCGAGCAUCAUGACGGAGACUUCCAGCUAUAGGGCAAUGCACAGCUCAGAUCAUCUCUGGCGGAGUCGGCUGGACGCGACGAGGAGCGAUAGCGGCGGCAUCAUGGGGCAUUACGGUGCUGGCAGCGCAGGCGGACCGCAGGCGCCAGUCUCGGCUGGAAUUGGACAUGGCGAAGGAGAUGAGUAUUCUGAUGACGGGGACAUUGCCGAGGGCGAGUCCGAAGGUAUGCAGCAGACCGCGGCGGAGAGACUGGCUUCGCGAAGGAAGAUGAAGCGGUUCAGACUUACGCAUCAGCAAACGCGAUUCCUGAUGAGCGAAUUCGCGAAGCAACCACAUCCUGAUGCUGCGCAUCGAGAUCGACUGUCCAGAGAGAUUCCGGGACUCAGUCCGCGCCAAGUCCAAGUCUGGUUUCAAAAUAGACGCGCCAAGAUCAAGAGGCUAAACGCCGACGACCGCGAGAGAGUGGUUCAAAUGAGGGCGGUCCCCGAAAAUUUUGACAACGUGCAGGCACUGCACUCGCCCUACGGCGCGGUGCAAGCAUACGACAAUAGCGCGCUGCCGCAUCCGCAGCAUCACAUUUACGGAGGGCAGCAUCAUUCUCGGGGCCUCAUGGUCGACGUGCGGCGGACCGAGGGCGAGACGCACGCGAUGCAGUCGACCGGCCUCACGCCCAUCUUUGGUGGAAUCGGCUUUGGCCAAAGUCACGUCCCCGGCUUGCUGGAGACGAACCACAUGCUCGCGUCACCGCCACCAGCGCCGCAGCAGCCGCCAGCUUUUGGUUCUAACGACAGAUAUACGUACGGGACGAGACCGCAGGCCGGUGUGGGCAUCGUCGCCGACAACAAGGGCGGCUCGUCCACGAGCAGCCCCGUUCACGAGGGCCAUCACCAGCACCACCAGCACCACCACCUACACCGACCGGAGACGAGGCCGCUACGGCCCGGCGAGCUGGGUAAUCCCCUCACCAGGGGGCGGUCGCCGGUGUCCUCUUUGCCGUCGACCAUGGGACCCUCCAUGUACUGGCGAGGGGGAGGAGGGGGGAGUGGGCUCGGCGACGUGGCGGAGGCGCACGACUCUGCCGCCGUCGCAACCUCCGCCUCGGAGCACGGGAGCGAAGCUCCGGGGGCACCGCCUCUGCACACCUCGACCUCGGGGAUGGGCCUCAAUACCCUAUUUUAUGGCGGUGACGCUUCGACGCAGCCGUCAACUGCUGCUCCCGCGGGUGACAUGAGGCCGUCCCGUCCAGACCCGUUUCCUCCACCUACUCGAAGCUGGGCGCCUCCGGUCAACAGCCGCGGCAGCGGCCCGUACGGCGAUAUGAGGGCGGUAACGCUACCGCCACAGCAACAGCAGCCGAUACUGACUCCCACCCGAAUGGAGUUGGCGCGAACGGCGGCAGCGGCGGCGGCGGCAUCCGUAGCCUACGCGUCGCCAGCUUUGCCCGUUGGUAGCAGUGCGGACGCGGCAGCACUCGACACAAUGACGGCGAUGACGACGACGACGAAUACGACGAGAGUUCUUCUUGAACCGCAGAGCAACCACCGAUACAUGCCGCUGUUUCGGAACGACGCUGGUAACACGUCAGCUGCGGCUGCCCGCGAUGGCUUUCCCGCGCAACAAGCGGGGGGCGCGGACCAGCGGCUGUUCUACCCGGCCGAGAGGCAGCAGCAGUAA